AUGAUGAUGGCGUCCCAGUGCACGGAGCAAGCCGUGCAGGAGUUCUUGAUGGAGAGAGGAGGGAGGGUCCAACAGAUGGAGCUGAUCGAUCAUUUCCUAUCGGUUCUGGGGGGAAAUGACCAGUCGAAGAAAGGGGUGGAUCGCGAGGUUCUGAAACGCAUCGUGGACAACGUGGGUUUGGUUAAGGUGGAAAACGGUGUGAAAUUUGUGUGUUUAAAGACUGAAGGCAGCGCGGAGUCGGUGAUGUGUACGGACGCAGACGGCUACAAUCAGGCGGAGUGCAACGGCAAUAUCCAGGAGACACUGGUCAACGGUGUCAACGGCAACCCUGACAACGGAGACCAAACAGGAGUACCUAUCCCACCUGGUGCAGGCCUGGACAAUGACAAACUGUCAAAUGGCAAUGAGCAACCUGCAACUCCUUCCCAGAAUAAGGCCAACACAGGGACACCUUCAGUUGGCGGAGGAGGGGAGGUGAAGUUGAGGGAUAGGAGGAGGCGAGAGUCAGCCCCAGUUAUUGGAGUGCCAGAACUGGACCAGGUUCACCCUGGAUGGUCUCACAGCCAGCAGGUCAGAGGGGCACGUAGGGUGUCCAAAGGCUCCCAGCGGGCAAUGCUGACGAGCUGCCUGUCUGAAGACAGCGCCUUGGAGGGUCUGGACCCUGUCGGAGAUAUUAACACGCCCAAGGGAAGUCGCAGGAACUUCAUCGAGCUGAUGAUGAGUAGUUCUCCACAGGUUCGGAGGUCUCUGAUCAACCGCGGCUCACGCCUCCGGGACUCAGUGAGGAGUGAUGGCGAUUCGGCAUCACUCCUCUCCUCAGCCACUGAUGAGGACUGUGCCUCAGUGACCCUGGACCCGCUAGAGCACGAGUGGAUGCUGUGCGCCUCUGACGGCCUGUGGGAAAGUCUGCAGCCCCUGCUAGCUGUCGAACCCAGCCUGGUGAUCAAGAAAGACUUUGUGACUGGCUUUACCUGCCUCCACUGGGCGGCCAAGCAAGGCAAAGCUGAGCUGCUCUCCCAGCUUCUGGCCUUCGCCAAGGAGAAUGCUAUACCUGUGAAUGUAAAUGUUAGAUCAAGCGCUGGAUACACACCACUACACCUGGCAGCCAUGCAUGGACACACACAGGUGGUUCGUGUAUUGCUGUCAGACUGGGAGGCAGACCCUGAGGCUCGAGACUACAGCGGGAGGCGGGCCAUCCAGUACCUCCCCCCACCGCUGGCUGCUGACCUGCAGGAGGAGGGAGUGGUCACCUCACCAGGUCCUGAGUCAGACAGCGAAAACACUAACGGCAGCAGUGGGGGAGGAGGGCGUGGCUGGAGGUUUCCCAGAGUCCUCCAGGGCAACCUGAACCCACUGCGGUUACUGAACCCACCAGCUGAGGCAGCAGAGGAGGCAGUCGGGACCGGGAAGACCAAAGGGGGCAUGCAGAGAAAGUCGUCUCUGAGCAGGCUGAACGCCCGGCUGCACCGAGGGCGCCACCGAGCCCAGAUCAUCCACAGCGCUUCGUUUAGGGACACAGGAGAGGUGGGAAGAGGAGAGGAGCUCCCCAGCAGUCCUCUCCGAACCCGACCACUGUCCAAUCUGUUUGGAUGAAUUUACACCAGCCCGGACCAGCUAUAUAGAUAUUUAAACCAGUUUGACAUGUUUUGA